AUGGAGAAGACAGUCGCCGAGGAGAAGGACCAAUAUGUCGAAACUGGAGAUCAAGUUCAUCUUGAGAAAUCCGGGUUGGGUGAACACGCCGGUCUUGACGACUCCAAUCUCCCUCGAUAUGACGACAAGGAGACGAAGCGCAUCCUGCGCAAGGUCGACUAUCGGCUCCUACCAAUGCUGACAUUGUUGUAUGUUCUCGCCUUCUUGGAUCGUGGAAAUAUUGGCAACGCAAAGGUUGCUGGCAUGAACAAAGAGCUCAAUCUCACGGGUACUCAAUACAACAUCGCUUUGACGGUCUUCUUCUUCCCGUACAGCAUCUUUGAAGUGCCCAGCAAUAUCGUACUCAAACUCAUGCAGCCGUCUUUGUGGAUCACCAUUCUCAUGCUUUCUUGGGGCGUUGUCAUGACUCUCCAAGGCAUCGUUCAGAACUACCACGGCCUCAUCGUCACCAGAACACUUUUGGGUCUGACUGAAUCGGGCUUCUUCCCCGCCGCAACUUACCUCUUGACAACCUGGUACUGCCGCUUCGAAGUCCAAACCCGCCUAUCGAUUUUCUUCUCCGCUGCAUCCAUGGCCGGCGCCUUCUCCGGCCUCCUCGCCUUCGCCAUCGAGAAGAUGGACGGCAUUGCAGGCCUUGGCGGUUGGCGUUGGAUUUUCAUACUGGAAGGCAUAUUCACCGUCGUGAUCGGCCUGUCUCUACACUGGACCCUUCCCGACUCCCCGGAAACAGCGAGCUUCCUGACAGCUGGUGAGAAGGACUUCAUCAUCCGCCGAUUGAGACAAGACGCAGGCACAUCGGCCGGCCAAGUCCGUACUGACGAUGGCUUUCAAUGGCGCUAUCUCCGAGCCGCCCUGAGCGACUGGAAGAUCUACUUUGCGGUGAUAAUUUAUUGGGGAAACUCAAUCUGUUUGUACGGCUUCACGUACUCCGCGCCCACGAUCAUUCUCGAGCUAGGCUACACCGCUGCAAACGCACAAUUACUCACUAUCCCCAUCUACGUCGUGGGCGUGUGCAGUACGAUAUUCUUCUCCGUGCUCGCCGAUCGACAUCAGACGCGUUGGCCCUUCAUUGUCAUCCCUUAUAGCAUCGCCGCCGUUGGAUUUAUCGGCCUGCUGUCGAUCCCACAUCCAAAACUACCAGGACUUACAUAUGCCUUCUUGUUCACCAUUCCAGGUGGUGUCUACCCGCCACUCAUCGGCUGUUUGUCGUGGGUUGGCAACAACCUUGCGCCGACCUGGAAGCGAGCAGUUGGUAUGGCAUUGCUGAUUAGCAUCGGAAAUAUGGGCGGCGCUAUCGGCUCCAACAUCUUCCUUGCUCAGCAAGCGCCGCAUUACUGGCUCGGAUACGGUCUGGCACUGGGUAUGGUCACUGCGGCCAUCGCCUCCACCUUCGUGCUCCGAAUCGCCUACGGCAUGCUUAACAAGAAGAGAGAUCAGAUGAGCGAGGAGGAGAUUCGCGCCAAGUAUACGGAGGAGGAGCUACUCGACCUUGGUGACAAAUCGCCCCUUUACCGAUACGUGAUCUGA